AUGGAGACAAUAAAUCGUAUCUGGAUAGAACUUGAGAGCCAAAAGUAUCAAAAACUUUACACCCCACUUGAAGAAGAAAUAAUAAUCCCUAACCCUUUUUCUCAAAACGAAUAUAUCCUGACUCACUCAUUUGUGCACUCAAACAAUAACUUUAUAGCAAAAGAUCUAGAUGGAUACAUUUUUCACAUAAAAAUUUUUUCUUGUUCUUCUUAUGAAGAUCUGAAGUUAAUUCACCUUAAUCUUAAGAUUAUCCGAGAGCAUACUGAAAGUCUAAACUUAGUGCAGAUAGUGGACGUAUUUGAAUACAAGGAGAGAAACUCAUGGAUCGUCAUUUGUGUAUUAGAAAUGCUGGAUGGGCUCACUAUAGAACAAUUUAGAGAGCUUGUGGAUGAGCUGAAUUUAUUAGAUAAGCUGUCUAAAGAGUUUUGUAUUUCUAUAUUUUUAAAAAUUAUAGAAUUGAUUGAAGAAUCGCAUAAUAGAGGAGUCUUAAUAGGCAAUCUUAUGCCAAAUACAAUUUAUAUUUAUAGAGAUUAUGAAGAGGAAGGAUUCGCUUCAUAUAAAAUAAAGGUUGCUGUUACAACAAAAGAGCCGAGCAAAUCUUCAAAAUUUUUGCAUCUUUAUUAUCCUGAAAAUAAAAAAAAGCAACUUAAAUAUAAAAUUUGGGGAGCUGGGAUUUCUUUAUAUAAUUUAAUUGGGCAGAAAAAUCUUAGCGAAAUCUCAUAUCAAGAAAUAGAAGAGAGUGCUAAUCCAGAUUUACCUCUGAGGUUUAAGGACAAUGCUUUAAUAUCUCUUCUCACAAAAUGCCUAAAAGGUGACAUCUCACAAUCCAUUUUUCAAGAUCCCUUUAUUACUUCCUGAAAAUAUCUAUUCGAAAACGACCAAUCUUUAAUGCAAAAAAUUCAAGUCAGCGAAAUGCCUGUGCUUGCUUCCGGUCUAUCAUUUGAGCUUGACCUCAGCAAAGAAAAAUGCACCAAAAGAAUCUUAGAGCUUGCCCUUGAAAAUACUUCAGAAGUCGCUCUAUAUCUCAAAGAAAAAGAAACAAUUUGCACUUUUAUCAAAACCAGCAUCCAUCUCUGUUUAAGUUCGUACUCGAAUCAUCUUAUUACACCUUUACUUGUCAUUUUAUAUAGAAAAAUUGAAAGCAAAAAGCUAAAAAAAUGGCUCGUAAAGUCAGGUUUUUAUUCCUUAAUUCAAUCUCCUAUGAUUUUUUUAGCAAAUAUUAAUUUACUUUGCAAUUUUUCUAGUAAAUUUUUAAAAAAAAAUACAUUGACUUUGCUUCAAAUUUUUGCAGACAAUGGAUUUUUAGAUAUGGCAUUUGAGGUGGAUUCUAGAGGAGGUGGGGGAGAGCUGCAUGAUUUUCUGGACUCAACUUUGCCAUAUUAUGGGCCAAAUGCUAUAAACCUUAUAGAAAAUGCUUAUAAUUCAGCAAAAACGACAACUCCAUUGAAAGCAUUGAAACUCAAAGCUAUGCAGAGGCUUAGUGAGGUACCUUAUCAUUUUAGAAUUGAGCACUGUCAAGUGACAUUGAAUUUCAUUAAUAAAAUGAUUUCUGCAAAGUCUAAAUUUCACAGAGCAAAAGGUAUUUCUAUUGAUUUGCUUGAUAUCAUUAUAGAUAUCUUUAUUGAAACUUUAGUUUUUCAUGAUCAAAUCCAAGAUCAUUAUAACAGAGGAACUUGCAUAUGGUCAUGAAUAAAACCCCAUCCUCUCUAUACCAAACUAUAUAAUUUGAUAAUAAGAAAUAUAUAAGAGAUAUCGAAGUAUUUUCGCUCUUACUCUAUAAAACGAUUUAUGGCUUAAUUACACAUAAUGCAAAAAUUUUAUAGGGAAGAAAUUUUUAGACUAAUAAAUAAGAGGGUUAAUAGAGAAAUACGCUGGAUUUUGCUUCCUAAUUGCAUUUAAUAUUAAUUCAGCAGAAUUUUGCUUUAAAAUCGAUAAAUAAAAAUAAUUAAUUCAAGCAUAAUGAUAUAUUUUAGACACAUGCAAAUUUUAGCAUUGAUAGCGCUAAAUUAAUGCAUUUUGACAGAUUUCAUCUGUUUAAAUAGCUUAUUUUACCUAUAAAAAAUUUAAAAUCUCAUUUAAAUUUAAUACAGAAAUACGAGCAAAACUUGCAAACAUAUAAAAGUUUUGUAUAUUUUAGAGAUAUGAAAUAAAGUAUUAAAUAUAUAUGUAAAAAUGCUAUAAAUCGUGUUUUACAAGAGAAAAAGUGCAAACAUUGAAAUAAAUCUAAUGUUUCUUAUUUUCAAGACUAGAUAGUUCGCCAUGAGGGGUGGGUUUCAUGCUUGACCGUGCAUAAGCCACUCAAAAUCAGAAAAGUUAUCUUUUAAAGCAAAAAAUCCUAUAUUAGUUACCUGCUGUGAAUGCCAAAAUGUUGCAUUAUGCACUGUUUGCCGGGCUGUAAAGCAUUCAGGCCACAGUAAAAGUCAAAUGUUUUUGCAUUAUUAUCAAGAAAUUACUAGAUGCAAUUGCAAAGAUGAGCAUAAAGAUUAUGAAUUAGGUGGAAUACGCUUUAUCCUUCCUAAAUUCAGCCAAAAUUUUGCUUUUAAGCUGCAAAAUGACAGUAUCCAAGAAUCGAAUAUUUUUGAAGGAGACGGAGAAACACGUAUAACCACUGAAAAUUCUAUAUCAUUGGCCCAACAGUCUGCAAAUCAAGAUAUUCAUGCCUAUUUCGAAGUAAAAAUAUACAAAGCAGGGUCUCUCGAAGAUAUUACUAUAGGACUUGAAGGGACAGGAAUUUCAUAUUGUGGAAACACAGGAGGGAUUUAUUUAAAUGCAUUAAAAGUAGAAACUGGCCCUAGGUUUGGAUCGUAUGAUACAAUUGGGAUGGGACUUACAAUGACCUCUAAAGUUUUUAUUUCUUAUAAUGGAGUUGUUAUAUAUCCUUUAAUUGACUCAGAAAUAAAAAGAGAAAUAAAGCCAUUUGUAGUAGCCAAAGGGGAUAAGUGGAAAAUUGAAAUAAAAUUUGACGAAUGGAUGCUGAAAAGCACAGGUGCUUCAAUGCUAAGGGGAGAAAUUCUGAUGUCAAGCCAAGAAAUAAUUCAAAAAUUAAACAAAAGGAUCAAAGAAGUCAAGAAAAAGGAAAAAAAUGAUUGCAGAGAAUUGACUGAUAAAUUUCAAUUUUUAAGAGAAGAAAUAGAAAGAACUAUAAGGUAA